AUGUUUGUCUCUGUUUACAACUCGGAGACCCCCCCUGCAAUCCCCGCCCCUCAGCAGCAGCAGCAGCAACAGCUGCAGCAGCAGCAGCAGCAGCAGCAGCAACAGCAGCAGCAAGGGGAGGAGCAAGAGCCGGACCAAGAGCAGCAGCAACAGCAGCAGCAGCAGGAGGUAGAUAAGCAGCAGCAGCAGGAACAAGAGCAGCAGCAAGAGCAGCAGCAGCAGCAGCAGACCCAGCAGCAGCAGCAGCAGCAGCAGCAGCAAGAUGAAGACGAGUGGCAGCACAAGCAGCAUGAACUCGAAAGGUCUGUAGUACAUGGUGUUGCUGCUGCUUCUGCUGCUGCUGCUGUUGCUGCUGCUGUUGCUGUUUCUACUGCUGUUGCUGCUACUUCUGCUGCUGGCUCUGCUGCUGCUGCUGCUGCUGUUGCUGCUGCUGCUGCUGCAGCGACUCGCGGAGGAGGCAUCCCGGCUCAGGCGUACUGUGGCGCUUCUGGAGGAGCAGCUGCAGCAGCAGUACAGGAGAUGCAGCAGCAGCAGCAGCGGCAGCAGCAGCAGCAACAGCAGCAGCAGCAACAGCAGAAGGCAAAGCUACCCCCCUGCAGUCUCCCCAGGCAAGCCGAUUGCUGCUGCUGCGCUGCUGCCAGCAGCAAAACCUCUGAGGAGCAGCAGCAGCAGCAGCAGCAGCAGCUGCUGCAGCUGCAACAAGCACAUCUGCUGCUGCAGCAAAGCCAGGAGCUUCUGCUGCAGCAGAAUGUGGCGGUGCAGCAGCAGCAACAGAAGCAGCAGCUGGAGCAGCAGCAGCAGCAACUGGAGGGGGAGGAGGAGCAGCAGCAGCAGCAGCAACUGGAGCAGCAGCAGCAGCAACUGCAGCAGCAGCAGCAGCAGCAGAUGAACGUCGAUCAACUGCUGCAGACAAACCCGCAGCCCGAACAGCAGCAGCAGCAGCAGCAGCAGGAGCAGCAACAGCAGCAGCACGAGAACCACCAGCAGCAGCAACAGCAGCAACAGCAGGAGGAGGAGCAGCAGCAACAGCAGGAGAAGCAGCAACAGCAGCAGCAACCGCACCAGCAGCAGCAACAGCAGCACCAUCACGAGCACCAACAGCCGCGGGAGCAGCAGGAGCAGCAACAGCAGCAGCAACAACAGCAGCAGCAGCAGCAGCAGGAGCAGCAGCAGCAGCAGCAGCAGCAAAACGUAUCUGCAUGCGACACCCAGCAGCAGCAGCAGCAGCAGCAGCAGCAGCAGCAGCAGCAGCAGUUGCUGCUGGUCAGUGCAUGCAGCAGCACAAUCAAAGUAUGGGACCUGCAGCCAGAGGUGCAGCAGCAGCAGCAGCAGCAGCAGCAGCAGCAGCAGCAGCAGCAGCAGCAGCAGCAGCAGCACAGUUGCUGCUGGUCAGUGCAUGCAGCAGCACAAUCAAAGUAUGGGACCUGCAGCUUGCUGCUGGUCAGUGCAUGCAGCAGCACAAUCAAAGACCCCUCCUCGUUGCUGGCGUUGGUACACCAGCAGCAGCAGCAGCAACAGCAGCAGCAGCAGAUGCAUGCACCUUCUGGGGACUUGCUGCUGCAGGACCCCUCCUCGUUGCUGGCGUUGGUAACUCUAUUCAAGGCUUCGAUCUUAGAGGUGCAGCAGCAGCAGCAGCAGCAGCAGCAGCAGCAGCAGCAGCAGCAACAGCAGCAGCAGCAGCAGCAGCAGCAGUAG